AAACUGGUCCCCACGGAAGUAUUUUGCUUGCCACAACCUAAAACAAACAGGACCCUUUAUUUAUUGUUUUCAAAGUGAUUGAUGCGUUUUACAAUUGAACAAAUGGUACUAAUUCUUCAACAUCGCUAUUUAUUGAAGGUUUUAGGCUGUAAUCUCAGUUUAACCGAAUAGUUAAUCGGUUUUGAACAGUAAUAACUUGCUGGCCUCUUCACUAUUGAAUACUCAAAACACAGCAUAGCCAGACUGCUGCUUAUGGUUAGCAAACAUGCCUCUUGGUUUAAAACCAUGUUGUGCAGUCUGCAAGACAAACUCUUCUUCCAUGUGGAAAAAAGGAAACCUGGGGGAAAUUCUGUGUAACAACUGUACGGGUAAAAGUAUUACCAGUGGAGGCUCGGGAGCAUCUGCCUCAACCAUCAUCCAGCAGAAUAAUGGCGGAGGAAAGCAGUCCAAACAGGAGAUACAUAGACGCUCAGCUCGGUUACGGAGCACCAAGUACAAAGCGCCAGCAUCUGAGAAAAAAGUUUCAACCAAAGGAAAGGGUAGACGACACAUUUUCAAAUUGAAAAAUCCAAUCAAAGCACCGGAGUCCGUGUCGACGAUCAUUACGUCGGAGUCCAUGUUUUUCAAGGGUGUCUACUAUCAAAUAGGAGAUGUCAUUAAAGUUAUAGAUGAGGACGAUGGGAAACCGUAUUUUGCACAGAUUCGUGGUUUCGUCCAGGACCAGUACUGUGAGAAGAGUGCUGCAUUAACGUGGCUGAUCCCAACUCAGGCCAGUCCACGAGAUCGGUUUGAUCCAGGCACUUACAUUGUUGGCCCAGAAGAGGACUUGCCAAGAAAAAUGGAAUACCUGGAGUUUGUCUGUCAUGCUCCAUCAGAGUAUUUCAAAUCAAGGAGUUGCCCUUUCCCAACAAUACCGGUUUGUCCAGAAAAAGGCUACAUCUGGACUCAUAUAGGACCAACACCUGCUGUUGCCAUCAAAGAAACUGUUGGGUGAAGUUAACACUUAAAUGAUGAUCAGACUGAACUGACUGAACUUUUUUGUUUUGUUUUGAAAAGACAAUUCAAUCCAAUAACAAAUACUGAACAGACAUAUGAAAGCAGUUAUGUUUGGAUCAGGAUAUAUUGGCCAUUGACCAUAAAGUAAAUUUUCUACAAAUACAUUUAAAACUCAAUGUAAAGAAUAUUCAUGAGCAUUUUUGACUGGGAUCCAGUGGAGUCGCAGUAGUCUACACUGAGCCUUGGACUUCAAAUUCAAAAUGGAAACAUCAAGUACAGUUAAUAUGUAACAAAAAAUUCAGAGUGACAGUUUUGUAGCAGAUAUUCCCUGAAUAAAGAGUUCAGCUAAGCCCUUUUAUGUG